GGAAACCGAAUCAAAAACCAGCAGCGGCCGCAGCAGGGAGGAGCGAGCCUCGUAUCGGGCCGCCCCGUACGCGCGUUCCACGUGGUCGCUACUCCCUCCGCCCCUCACUCCCCUCCGACGAAAACACCUGCGGGCUGCGGCCCUGCCCGCCCCGGCCAGAUUGCGCCCGACGGAUAGAGGUAGCUAUUAAAUCCGGGAGAUCGGAUUGGAAGCAAAAUCGAAUCCCCGAAUCUGGGUUGCUCGCCCUGAUCGGCCGUGGGUUCGCGCGGCGUCGUCGGCGGCGGCGGCCAUGGGGGCGAUUGGUUGCCGUCGGGCCGGGGGGCCCGUGGGCUGGCAGUACGUCUUCGAGGAUGAGGAGGACGAGCGCGAGGACGAGGACGCGCCGCUCGUGGAGGAGGAGGGGGCGGACGAGGACUGGGGGGUCGAGAUGGAGAGGAGGGGGACGAAGAGGAAGGGGCCGCGCUCGUCGCGGCCGCGCAAGACGCGGCGCGUCGCCACGCUCUGCGUCUCGCCGGCGUCGUCCGACUCCGGGUCCCCGUCGUCGAGCGCCGUGCCCAAGCGGCGGCGCGUCGCCACGCUCCGCCGCGUCUCGCCGGCGUCGUCCGACUCCGGGUCCCCGUCGUCGAGCGCCGUGCCCAAGCGGCGGCGCGUCGCCACGCUCCGCGCCUCGCCGGCGUCGUCCGACUCCGGGUCCCCGUCGUGGAGCGCCGUGCCCAAGAGGCGGCGCAGCGGAAACGGGGCCAAGAGGGGCCGCCCCGUCGCCGUGCCCGCGGAAACGGCUGCGCCCGCAGCAGAGGAGGCGACGCCGAGCACCAGCGCCGCGGGCCGCACCAAGGGGAGGAGGUCGUGCCACCAAUGCAAGGGGGCGAUGAAGCAGCAGAUGACCAAGUGUAAGCGAUGCCGCGAGAAGAUCUACUGCGGCCACUGCAUCGAGGAUAUGUACCCGGCGUUGUCGUUGGCCGAGGUUAGAGCCGGGUGCCCGUCCUGCCGUGGAAUCUGCAAUUGUAAACGGUGCACUGCCAAGGAGCAGGGUGAACCCAAGAGUUCAGUUUCGAGGAAACGCAACGGCAGUAGAUCAGUAACGAAGAGAAAGAAGGCUAACACCUCAGGUGUAAAGUCAACCAGGGCUCGUAAUGAGGUGGCACAGACUGAAGCAAAUGACAACUCCUUCCUAAGAUCCAAUGAGAUUAAUAGCACAUCUGUCAUAUUAGACAAGGUAGAUACGUUGGAUGCAAGACCUGAUGAGAUUGCUCGGGAAACUAAAGUAAAACAUGCUAGAUAUCUGUUGCACUAUCUGGUGCCUUGUUUGAGUGACCUGAACAGGGAUCAGAUGGUUGAGAGAAAAAUAGAGGCCGAAAUUCAAGGAUUGGAAUUGUCUGAACUGAGUGUUGAACAGGCUGACUGCUGGAAUGAUGAGAGGAUGUUCUGUGACAAUUGCAGAACUUCGAUCUUUGAUCUGCAUAGAAGCUGUCCAAACUGCUCAUAUGAAUUAUGCAUUGCGUGCUGUAAGGAGCUUCGUGAAAAUAAUCUAGAGGGCUCUUGUCGGGAAGAGCUGGUGUCUUAUCCUAAUAGAGGAAUUGACUAUAUGCAUGGUGGUGAUCCAUCGCCUGAGUUGAUGAACUGCGUGCAAACAAACUUGUCCAGUUGCCAGCCUAAGACUACCAAGUGGUGUGCUAAUACUGAUCGGACUAUUAAUUGCCCCCCACCUGAACUUGGUGGUUGUGGUGAUCAUGCCCUUAAGUUGAGACAGAUGUUUCCAAAAGAUUGGUUAAAUAAGCUCGAAAGGGAUGCUCUACAGUUGAGUAAGCAGCUAGAACCUUCUGAUAUUGUCAGCGGAUAUACACAUGAAUGCCCAUGCUGUACUAAACAUGAAAAUGCAAGGCAUGCUGCUACCAGAGAUAAUUCAACAGAUAACUGCCUAUACUGUCCAAAAUCAGAUAAUGAGAAAGGAGACGAUCUAACUCACUUCCAGAGUCACUGGGUUAAAGGAGAACCUGUUAUUGUACAAGGGGUACUACAGAAAAUGCCACAUUUGAGCUGGGAGCCACCACAUAUGUGGUCUGAAGUACAUGGUGCUAGUACUACCCCUGAUAUGAAAAAUGUGAAGUGUAUUGAUUGUUUAUCUUGUUGUGAGGUCGAGAUACGCACACAGGAUUUCUUCAAUGGAUACUAUUAUGGUCGGGUGUAUCAAAAUGAAUGGCCCGAAAUGCUUAAAUUGAAGGACUGGCCUACUUCAAAUCAUUUUGAAGAGCUUUUACCUUCGCAUGGAGUGGAAUACAUCAAUUCUUUACCCUUUCAACCAUACACAAAUUUGAAAUCUGGCUUGCUAAGUGUCUCCGCAUUGCUUCCUGAUGACAUUCUAAAGAUUGACAUGGGCCCAAAGUCAUACAUAGCUUAUGGCUAUGCGCAGGAACUUGGCAGAGGAGAUUCUGUUACGAAGCUUCAUUGUGAUAUAUCUGAUGCAGUUAACGUUUUGAUGCAUACUGCAAAAGUUGCCCCCUCUGAAGGACAAGAAAAUGCAAUAAAAAACUUGAAAGCAAGACAUGAGGUACAAGAUGAAAAGGACUGUUGUGUGAGUUUUGCAAUUGAUGGAAGUGAUGCAUGUCAUAAAAACUGUCUGGAUUCAAACCAUACAUCCUCUCCUAACUACAGCAAGGACGAUGAUGGAGGUGCUUUAUGGGAUAUUUUCAGGAGGGAGGAUGUUCCAAAACUGGAAACAUACCUUCGUAAACAUUCCAAGGAAUUUCGCCAUAUAUAUUGUUCUCCAGUUGAAAAGACAUUUAACCCUCUACAUGAUGAAACAUUCUAUCUAACCGAGGAACAUAAAAGGAGACUUAAAGAGGAGCAUGGAAUCGAGCCUUGGACAUUUGUACAAAAACUUGGAGAGGCGGUUUUUAUACCUGCUGGGUGCCCUCAUCAAGUGCGGAAUCUCAAGUCUUGCACGAAAAUUGCUAUAGAUUUUGUAUCACCAGAGAAUGUCCAGGAGUGUGUCAAGCUAACUCAGCAAUUCCGCGUGCUUCCUAAGAACCACAGAGCAAAAGAAGAUAAAUUAGAGUCACUGAUGUGACCCUCACACUACCGUGGCUGCCGUGGCCCAUGCCUUUGCAGUGUCGCUGCGACACAGUCUCUGUCUCUUUGUGCUUUCGCAGCCGUGCAUGCAUUGUAGUGAACUUAAGGCACCAGCACCGCUGCUGUUGCAACCCCUGCAGUGAAGUUCCUCUGCUGUCAUUACCAUGACCUACAGUGCUCCCGUCUUCUGUGCCAUUGCUGGCGAAGCGAUUGUUGCUCUUGGGACCUCGCACCACCCUGGCCAUAUUCCUACCGGCCUGACUCUGUACACUAACUACCGCAGCUGCAUGCAUGUUGGUGUCACAAGAUGGGGAGAGCGUGCACAGGUGUUGGUGGAGGAUAAAGUGCAGCAUCUGUAGGAUUAUUAUAUCGGACCGUCUCUAGGUAUGCAUUUCAGGAACGAGAUUGUUGUAGCUUUUCUCUUUCUUAUUAUACUUGACUCAAGGACAUGUUGGUAGGAAUCAGAUCUACAGAUGGAUAUCAUACUUUUUUAUGUCCCAUUUCGUAUUUUUUUCCUUGCAAUGGGAUCGGAUAUUUUUUGCCCACUUUAGCAUCCGCUUCUCAAAACGUCCCGUGAUCCACAAAAUUAAUGCGGUCUUAGUUCCCAACUCUUGAAAUAUCCCUUCCCUCCUUAUUCUAAAACGGACUCUCAAUCAUGAAUCCUCAUUAGCCACAUCACCUACUGGACAGUAGCCAUUGGAUCAAGCGGGAACACAGUAGCCACAUCACCUACUGGACAGUAGCCAUUGGAUCAAGCGGGAACACAGUUCAAAUCAUAGGAUUGCACUCCUUUGCAGGCUCAGGCAAUGUCCAAUGCAAGUCGCGUAAACAUGCGCUAGAAAAAAGAAAAAAAAGUGUUCCCAUAUUAAAAGUCCUAGCUUCCAAAGCAAACAAGUUUAGAGGCACUUACAUUAUAUUUGAAAAAGGCAAGAACCCAUAGAGAUUAUAUUUGAGCAGAUGGUUGCAAACGGCCAGGAAUUUUAUCCCUAGCGCCCACUGUCAGCACUGUGUGGGCAAAAGGCAGUUCCAUGAGAAUAUGACAUGGCAGUUAGAGUAGAAUAUUAUAGGGAGACAGAUCGGAUUCACGUGCAAUACAAGAGAUGGCAGUAUAUUAAGUUGACUAACCGGCGCCUUUUGGGUAGAAACAAGCAUUUGUAUUUCUAAUAACUUUUAUACACUUCAAAUAUUAUAAUUGCUACAGAGAAUAUGCCACAAUUUCUUCUCGCCUACUUCUAGGCUUCCUGUUUUCUGUGCACAAUCAUCCUGCAACAUAUACACUUAUUGACAACAUCACUCCCGCAAGCCAUCUCUCUUCUUUUUGUUGACGAGGAUUUCCGAACUGAUAACAUGACACUUCCGUUUGGUGCUUUCUCCAGUCCUCAAAAUCCACUCUUUGUAAACCUUGUCUUUUUGAAGAUAAUUUCUGAAGGUGAUGAACAUCAUGAAUCCCUUCUCUUUUGUUUUUGGCUGAUUGUUCCUGAUUUGAUGACCAUCAAGUUCUCCUUUAGUUUCUCCAACACAAUGUCCAAGAGCCAUGACCAUCGAACAGAUUCUCCUUCAGGAUUUCUGUAAAUUACUCUUUGCAAACCUUGUUCAUUUUGAAGAUAAUUUCUCAAGGUGAUGAACAGCACGAAUCCCUUCUCAUUUGUUUUUGUCUGAUAUUUCAUGAAUUGAUGACCACCAAGUUCUCGUUUAGUUUCUCUAACACAAUGUCCAAAUCCACGACCAUCAAA